UGCAAAUAUAUAAAUACAAUCAUUGAUACAUAUACAUAAUAGAUACAUUAUCGGUGCAAUCACUUGUUUGUGAAGCCCAUAUAUUUAAUUGGGCUCAAAAUUACCAUAUAACUCUUCCCCAUUAACCUAGAUUUGUGUUACCGUCUUACUGUUUCAGUCAUGGCUAAUGGUCAUGAGCUCUUCCUCAUUUCUCAAACAAUUAACGAUAUCCUAACAAAUUCAGUAGAUUCAACUUUACAAUUGCCUGAUCAUCUUCUUCAUUCCAUUUUUUGUUGCCUUAAUUUUCACGAUCUGCUUCAUAUCCCACUUGUCUGCAAAAGAUGGCAUCAUAAUACACCAUCACACUUUGCUUUAAACUAUAAUCAAUCCGUUUAUAGUGAAAAAAAUCCAACGACAUACUCGCAUUACGAUAACUGGAAAUCAUUCGUUCUUCUAGUAAGUUGAUUAAUGCUGAGAAAAGAGCAUUGCGUGUUCCAUUCAAUGAUCACGGGGAUAUCCACGAUAUCAUGAAAUUGCUCGACGGAAACGAUUUCCAUGAGGUUUAUUUGAAAAUUGAGUUAUUAAAGGUUCCAUGGUUUUGUUCCUAUUUGCCCUGUUUUUUUCAGUCGAAAUGUCUUACUGUUCUUCAUUUAACUAAUUGUGGACUUUAUAAGCAUGCGAUACGUGGUGAACAAAUAAUCCCCUCUUUGCAAGUGUUGAAAUUGGAAGGCGUUUUGUCAUCUGAAAAAAUACUAUCCAUUUUUAUUAACAAGUUCCCUAAUAUUAGAGAAUUGAGUUUGAUAUUUUGCUUGAGGCUAAGCUUUAUCGUAUUAACUAAGUUGGAUUGUUUGAAGAAACUUUAUGUACACCUCAGUUGUUCUUUUACAAACAUACAAAUUGUUGCCCCAAUUUUACAAGUUUUCCAUUUCGUUUUACGGAGAUAUGAAAGCAGAGAUGUUGUACCUGUUAACAUGGAUAUACGUUCUUGUAAAAUGUUGCGGAAAUUUCACUUGGAUUGUUGGAAAUUUCCUAAUGGUCUUGAUCCUGACAACUUCUGUUCAGAUUUUCCUCAUUUUGAAACUUUGUUAAUAGGACCUUGUCAAACAGAGAAGCCUAUCAAUAUUUCUGGUUCAUCACUCAGAAAAUGGAUCUUGUCCUUCCCACAAUUAUAUGAAUGUUCAAGAAGAAGUAUAAAUUCAUCUUCUUUCCAAUAUAAGGAUACAACAUUUCACCGAUAUUUAGCUUCUCCAAGUGAGCUUUUAGAGAACAACAAUAAUAUAGUAUUGGUUCCUAAAGUCCCUGAGAUCAUGAAUAGAGCUUGGUUCCAUAAAUUAAGAAGUCAUCUUGAGAAUUUUAGCAACUACAAUACAACAUUGGACUUAUGUUUUCUCAAAGAGACAAGUUCAUGUGGACAUCCUAAAGGCACGCCGAGUGGACGAGCUCCAACACAGCCGCUACAUCAUAUCAAACACUUAAUGGUAGACAUGUACAAGCUCAAAUAUCAACAGGCAUAUUUGAUGGGAUAUAUUGUUGAUAACUUACUUUGGAUGUCUCAUCCAAACACAUUGACUCUAUUAGUACCGGCUAGUUUUUCUCCAACUGCAUGUGAAAUAAGCAAGAAGUUGUUUGGUAGAGGUGAUCCCAGUUGUUGCUGGAGUACACAAGAUAAGUGUUGGCGCCAUUUCUUAAAACAUUUCGAGGUUAAAAGGAAAGAAGAAAAAGAAAAGCUCGAUGUGUUAAACUUUCACUAUGUCCCUCUAGGACCAGGACAGGUCAAAGAAGAUAGUAAUGAGAAGAAGGACAAGUUAAUUUUCACAUUCACUUGGAAAAUUCAAUAGAUAGGCAACUCUCUUUUUGUUUUACUGGAUGAAUUCUGAUCUGCUUUUAGCA